UGGCCUUCAAAAAGUAGCUGCUGCACAGUACACUACAAUAUCAGUGGCUGAGUCACACACUCACACACAAUUCAUUGUAGGUCAAAGUGGGAUGAAUUUCAUAUUAUUUUUAGAUAAGGCAGUAGUAAGGACAUUUUGCCUUCUAGGGAAACCAGGAGAAUGGUGAUAUAGAUACAUCAAGAUUUUGGUAACUUGCCUAUUGAAAUGAAUAGCAGAUGUAAAUGCAAAAUCUCCUCUUGGUGAUCCUGCUUUUCAGGUUUGUUUUUGCAACAGUGAGCCAUGGUUUUCCCAGCUCAGAAGCAUUUAUGGGAGAUGAUCCAGGAACAAUUGUCAGUCACUACUAUGACAUAUAGAAAAAGCACUUCGGAGCAGCUGGAAAUGUCUGGGAAGUUUUUGGAAGAACGUGUAUUUGGCCUGGAGGAUAAAGUCUUUGGUGAUUUAGACAAGAAUGACCAGUACACAAAGGCGACGGACGUGAUCCUCGGAUUCAACAACCGCCUAGGCAACGUGCUCGGAGACUACGAGCGUGCCGUAAUGAUCAUGAAGAGGCUGGACGAGCUCGAGUCGUACCUGGACCCUCUGUACGGCGAGCAGCUGACCACCACGCCUGCCAGCCGCGCUGCUGAGCUGCUCGGUACCCAGGCGCAGAUCCGUCAGCUGGCCCAGCAGCUAGAGGCUGUGCAGCAGCUGCUGCCGCUUCUCGACAGCGAGCACAUCAAAGGCGCCGGGGACCUGCGCCAGCGUCUGCAGGCGGUCAGCGAGUGCCACCUGGCGCAGACGGAGCGGCUGGCGCGGCUUCAGGCACGCUCGCAGCAGCUGGCGUGCGCCUACAGUCAAGUGGUGUCCACGCUGGCCGGCACGCUCGUGCAGCUGGAGCACCAGGUGUCGCGUGCGGAGCUGGCGGCCAAGUGAUGCGCUGUGAAGGAUGCCGGGCUGGGCCGAGCCGAGCCGAGCCGCUCGGCGCCGGCGAGGCAGAGUGUUGGGCGUCAUCGGAUCGGCGCCGGCACCCGGCAGUGGCGGCCACGGCCGGCGGCAACGCCACACCCUGGGAUGGGGGCCAGGCGGGGAGUGACGUGAGACUGAGACAGUCCUCUGAGUGCUGAGUGGUACGGGCGGUCUUAAUGGGAUCUGAACUGCCCACCCAUCGCGGGCAUCUAUUUAUUGUUAUGUUGGACCGCUCCACGUGAUUGUGUUGUGAGUCUAGCAGAUGCUUGACCAGCCGGUGAAAGCUCCUGCGUCCGGCUGCCCGGUCGACAAGUGAUGCUACCAAAGUAAUACACCAGAACGCGCUUCU